CAAAAUGGUCGGAAUUCUUCGAAUUUUGGUUCUUUUAGCAACAUUUUUGGAAUUUUCCUUCUCCUGGGACCUCCGAUCCUUGAAUAUCACUCAUUUUUCCGUAAUUCACGUCUCAAUUUACUGCAAUCGUGCCUUUUUAUCGAUCGAAAGUCGCAAGCAGAAAAAAAUUCCAACUCUAAUUGAAGCAUCAUGGCCUGAAAACAUUUUGAGUGUUCGUCCCAAGGUGUUUGCUGAAGACCCAACUUUGAGAUUUUUGCGUCCCGGAUUGGUUUGCGAUGAAAUAAUCAGCUCUCGUGUCACAGAUAUCGAUCGAAAGGGCAACUUGUGGGUGUUGGAUAAUGGCGGAAGUCAUUUCGGAAAACAAUGUUUGCCAAAGUUGUCCAUUCACAGUCUGAUUUUGCUGAAUGAAAGGAUACACGUUCAUGAAUUCCCGGAAUUUCAAUUUUUGAAGUUUACGUCGAUGGUAAUGGAUCCCGUGGUAGUUGACGAAUACGAUACUCGUGUAUUUUUUACGUUUCACGAGAGUGAUUUUAUUGUUCUUUAUUCAUUGAGGGAGCGAAAAUACGUUAAAGUUACUUUUGAAACUAACGACAUUUAUCUUCCUCGACAACCAUUUUUCACGGAAGCUGUUAUCGGUAGCAACGAUGUCAUGUAUCUCUUGGACAACGGACGACUUUUUUCCACUUACAUCACGUCAUUACGCUUCACUCCCAUCAAAUUCAUGGAAAAGCAACGCGGGAGAAAAUAUUCUCAUUCAACGGUUUCGAUUCGCGUUCCUUUAACGUACAACGGACCACUUCUGGGACGCGCUAAAGGUCUCGCUGUUCAUCCAAAAGGCAAAAUUUAUUACAUUUUACCACGAGAUGGCGCUAUCAUGUCAUGGCACCCAAAGAUGCCGCUUGCUGCGGAAUAUCACGAUGUUGUCUACUUGCAUGGGGGAAACAUGUCUCAAGUGAUUUUCGGUUGGAAAGGCAGUGUUUGGGCAGUUUCCAAAAAUUACCUUUACGAGCCAGGAAGAAAGUUCAAUCACGCAAUUAGAAUUAAAUACAAUUAAUAUUUAUUUUUUUUUAGAAGAAAACUUAAAUUAAAAGACCUGUCACAUGCAAUUCGGGCAGUGU